AUACCUGCUCUGAUCAGGCAUUUGCGCAGCAGCUGCUGCGAGGCGGUGCACGAGGAAGCAGCCACCGCGCUGGCAAACCUGUCGGCGUUCAGCACUGACAGAAGUGCAGCCAUCGCAGCAAAAGGGGCGAUCCCUUUGCUGGUGCAGCGCCUGCGCAGCAGCGGCAGCGAAUCAGUGCAGGCGGCAGCAGCCGGCGCACUGGCAAACAUGGCAACGUGCAGCUCUGACAGGAGUGCAGCCAUUGCAGCAGAAGGUGCCAUCCCUCUAUUGGUGCAGCGCCUGCGCAGCGGCAGCAAUGGGGUGCAAGAGGGCGUAGUCCGUGUGCUGGUGGGCCUCUCCACAGACAGUCCUGAA